CGCCUCCUCCACCGUGUACAAAACCGCCACCGCGCAUACUCUUCCCACUUGCUUUUCUUGUACUUUCCCACUGCACCCUCCUUCCAUCUCGGUUUGUUCGGUUCCCCAUUCUAUCCACCGCCAAAAUAGAAGUCCUCUUUCUCUCUUGCCAUGGAGGAAUCCGGCGACCACAAGAGGCGCCGCGGCGAGGAGGAGGGAGACGGCUCCCCGGAGAUCUCCUCUCCCGAGGCCAAGCGCCUCCGCGAGAACCUCCUCCUAGACGACAUCCUCGAUGACGACGCCGGCGCUGGCGCCAGCGACAGCGACCAGGACCUCGCUUCCGUCAUGAAAAGCCUCGAGGAGGAGAUCGCUUUCCCGUCACCUCCUCCUCCUCAACCGCUGGCCGUUGUGGCGAUUGAUCAGCCGGAUCUAGGGUACCUUUUCGAGGCCUCGGACGACGAGCUGGGCCUGCCGCCGCCGCCUCCCCCGGCUCCGUCCAUGUCCGACGAGGGCGGCGAGCCCCCGGAGGCGGCGAUCGCCGUGGCCCCCGGCGUCGGGGGUGAGGUGGAUGGGAUCGGGUUCGGCCAGAUCUGGGGGUUCGACGACGAAAUCAACGGCUACGGCUGGCUGGAUGAGUUCGGGAUCCGGCCGGAGGAGAGUGCCGAGGCUGAGGUGAACGGGGUGGUGUUCGACGGCGGGCUGUUCGACUAUGCCGAUCUCGCCUGGCGAUCGGAGACGCUGCCUGCCGUCUGAUGGAAGCAUUUCGUCUUCUUUAUGAAACGUUUAGGUUGUAAAGGUUAGGGGAAGAUGAAUUGGCAACAAGGAAAUUACCAAGGAAGAAGAAAGCCAAGUCGCAAAGUAUUGCAUCGGUCCUCCGCUUUCUAUCUUAACCAAAAGAGAUUCGUCGAUCGACCUCACCACGCACUCCAAUAGUGCGGAAUUAGUGGCCUGCACCAAUCGGAAAAAUAUCUCCGGGCACAGGCGCUGUACGCCUGGCGAGGCAAACGAUCGUGGGUGAAUGCUUGGAUCUGUAUCGUCAAUUUUGGCCUCAAUCCGCGAAUUAACUGUGCUCUCGCCAAAAUAAUGGUGAUGUCGAUACUGAUUACUAAAUAACAUGGCGUCUCAGCGACGGCGUCCGAAACCA